AUGAUUAUGAAGAUUUUCUUAAUGUCAUAUUUAAUUGAAAAUGCUAUUAUGAGAAAUUUGUUCCUACCAAUUAAAAAUUAUUAUGGCUUGAGAACUUGUGUCAAAGAUGUCUCUGAUUUUGAAUUUGUCUUCAGAUACGACUCUGUGAUGAAAUGUCUUUCAAAGUGUUCAACUGUGGAGAAUUGCAUUGGUUGCAACUAUCAACUGGGCUUGAGGAGGUGUUCGCUGUUUAUUAACCAAACAAAACUUGCUACCAGGCACGACGUUGCAGAGUCAUGUGCAUUUUAUCAGACAUUACGGCAUAUAUGUCGCGAUCGUAUCAGCAUCGGUAAAGACGGUGCAAGUGUGCACGCUCGCGGUAGCACGCAUUCCCGUAUCAUGAACAAUUACAGCAAACCAUUAUCAUUGGAAGAAAAUGAAGAGAACAAAUUUUUUACAACCACAGAGUACUUUGGAUUCAUUUUUUGUGACGUUGAAGAGAAAAAAAUUUCAACUGAGACUGGAACAGCUGAAAUUGCUAAGGCAUUUUCUAGUAAGAUUUUAAAUGCUGGGUUUAUCAAUGAUAUUGGAAAAUUUGUUGGAACAUUUAUGGAUGAUUUGACUAAAAAAAGUCUGUUAGAAUUGCCAUGGAAGCCACCAGCUGACUACAAAAUGCCACAUUCACUUCACAAGAAGAAAAAUUAA